AUGGUGCCACGUCGUCUAACCUAUCAGUUCCUAACAGAAAUUACUGAUAAUUUCUCAAAGGAGAGAGAACUUGGUGAAGGCGCCUUCGGACAGGUCUUCAGGGGAGUGAGGAAAAAUGGAGAAGACGAUAUUGCAGUGAAGUUGUUACAUAAUAGACUGGGACUUGACAAUCGGCAAUUCCAGAAUGAGCUCAAUAAUCAUAUGAUGCUCAACCAUCCAAACACAGUACGCUUUGUUGGCUAUUGCAAUGAAACACAUCAGGUGCCUGUAGAGUUUAAAGGAAGAGUAGUUUUGGCUGAUAAGACCUAUAGAGCACUUUGUUUCGAGUAUUUGCGCAAUGGGAACCUUAAACAGCAUCUUUCUGAUGAAUCAAGUGGACUUGACUGGAACACACGUUACAAAAUCAUAAAAGGGAUUUGCGAGGGUAUAAAAUAUAUUCACAAGGGACUGGGAAAACCUAUUUACCACUUGGAUCUGAAACCUGAAAACAUUUUACUAGAUGAGAAUAUGGUGCCUAAACUUGCAGAUUUCGGUUUGUCUAAGAUCCCCAAAGAAGACAAAACCCGAAUCACAGCAAAUUCCUAUGGCACAUGGGGUUACAUUCCACCAGAGUACAUCGAGAGAAACAUAAUCUCAAAUAAGUUUGACAUAUUCAGCCUGGGUGUUAUCAUAAUAAAGAUAGUAACUGGACCUAUGGGCUACACUGAAAGCGCUGGCAUGUCAGAUGAGAAUUUCAUUGAACUGGCUCGAGGAAAAUGGAUGAACUGGCUGCAGUCGAAAUGGAAUGGUUGCUUGCUAGAACCAUAUUGCCAACAAGUAAAGAGGUGCAUUGAGUUUGCAUUGGACUGCGUGGAGAAAGAUAAGGAGGAGGGUGCUGCUUCGAAAAGAAAAAGAAAGGAGGAGGAUGCUGCGCUGAGCAGGGAGGAGGUUGUGGCGAUCAUGGGAGCGAUAGGCUUGGAAGUGAGAGGGCGGCGUGGGGACGGGCUUGCCGCAUCGAUGGGCUACGGCGAGUUGUCCCGUCUGUUCGAAUCGGAUGAGCCAAGCUUCGACGAGGUGAAGAGCGCCUUCGCAGUGUUCGACAACGACCAUGAUGGGUUCAUUAGCGCUGUAAACCUGCAGUUCGUGCUAGCGAGGCUCGGUGUCGUCGAGGACGCCGUCACAUGCCACGCCAUGAUCGUUGCAGCAGGCGGCAAUUGCUCCUCGAGAAUGGCCUCAGGAGUGACACUGGCGGAGGGCGAGCGAAGUGUUCCUGGAGCAUCCCACCUGAGCUUCUUACCAUUUCUUCUCUUUCUGGAGCUCUGGGCUUUUGAGGAAAUUAAUCUUCACUGA